AUGGGAGCAAGAUUUAAUAAAUUUAAUCGUAAUGGCGAAAGAAAACCAAGGAAAGAAAAACGAGGAAAGAAUAAAUACAGGCUAACUCCAGAACGUUCGAAUAGCCACGAUAAUGAUUUACAAGCUUUGCAUGCAAAUGCCAUGAGUCAAUCAGUAUGGUCAUCAAAAUCACUUCAAGAUGUAAAUAAAAACUAUAACGAUCAUCCAGGAGCUCCUCUUACUUAUUCCUAUUAUAAUGAUUUUGAUCGUCAGCAAAAUGAACUGCAGACAUGGCAAGAAAACAGUACUUCCUAUCCAUCGAAUUCGGCAAUAUUAAAACCAUCUUUAGCCAAUCCUGGAUAUGAUCAAAGUGUAACACUUUCCGCACCACAAAGAGACUAUGAUGAAUUGCGAUCGUCAAAAAAAGACGGAAAAAAAGUUCAGUUUGCCGAGCACCUUUAUCCUGAAAUGCAUCAUAAACUACAGACACAGAAUCACUUGACUUAUCCGACUGAUUCACAAAAUCCAUUCACGCAACGUCUACUAGAAUCGAUUUCAUUACAAAAUGUGUCAGCAAAUCAAAAUUUUCAACAACAACCUCAACAUCAGCACCAAUUACAACAACAGCCAUCUCUCAAAAACGACCUAGCAAGAUCAUCUCAAAUGUUAACGGAAAAUUUAAGUGAGGAAAAAAGGCGUUCAGUAGUUAAAAAAGGGCUCGCAAAUGAUCGACCAAAAGCUGUUUAUGUCGAUAUCGAUCAUCGUGCUACAAUGGAAAUGAACCAUUCUAAAACAAAACCGGUGAAACCAACACAAAAAGCAAUAACAAUUAAUAUCGGGGAUUCCGAAUCACCUUCUAAUCAUCAACGUCAUCGUUCACAAACAAAAUCAGAUGCAACGAAGACAUUUGAACAAUUUCAAGCAAAAAUUUCAAAUCCAAAACGAAAUCGUACAGCUAAUCACGAUAGUUCGGCUUUAAUUGAAAAUGAAUUACGUCCAUCGAAACCACUACCACAACAACAACAACAACAACAACAACAACAACAACAACAUAAUUUACCUGAAUUACGAUCUCGACGAACCAAUUCACCUCAUAAAACUCAAAGUGGUCAUACUCGACGAGUAAUUAUAGAUAAAACAGACAAUAAACAAGUAUCGAGAACACGGACAGACAUACCGACUGCUAAUAGUGGUAUUAGAUUAAAAAAUACCACUGUUCCACAAACGGUUACGAAUGAGGUCGUUCGUUCCAAUAAUCGAUUACGUAAAACGGGUUGA